AGUUAGACCAUCUUGCUCGUCCUACUUUUGUUUUUAGAAAGCAGCUUACAUCCAAAGCAUUCAGUUGUUUUUUGAUAGACAGUAAUUGCAGCCACAUGCCUGUUAGACAAGUUGUAGUUAUGGAUUUUGCAGAUAUUGAGGUCUGAUGUUGACAGAUCGAUGAAAACAAUUCGGCUCUGUGACGUUUGGUGUUUUCCGUACUUCCUCGUUUGAGAGAGAAAGUGAAAGGUGACAUUUGAAAUAUAGGCUAUUGCUCGGUAUUAAAUACCCUAUGAUAAAGUACGCACACUUAUUUGACUACGAGGCUUCCCUAAAGACAGGUGACAUUUGCAUGGGAUGGAGCCCACAGGACCAGCAGAAAACGGGAGCAACAGCGAAGAGACACCUGACGAUUCCUCCGAUAAUUUUGACUGUCCCAUUUGCCAUGACGUCCUCAAGAUCCCCAUAAGGACGAAGACCUGCCGACAUGUGUUCUGCCGAAGCUGCUUCGUGACAGCGGUGACGACCCAUGGUUUGCACUGCCCCCUGUGCCGAGGGCCCGUGUCGUUACGGGAGAAGAAGGCGCAAGACAUCCAGCAGCAGAUGAAGGAGACAAGCGGACUGUGCAGGGCCUGUGGAUCUCAGUGCCUCUUCAGUAAGAUGAGGACCCACUACAAGUACUGCAAGGCGUACAUCGAGGAGUACGGUCCGCCCGCCAGCUCUCGAAUUGUGCAGAGAGUGCAGGACGGGGGUGAUAACAACGCACAGACCAUACCUCCCGUCAGGAUUCCCGCUGUGCCGCAUGUUGGACAGUCAUCCCCUGUGACUGGAAGACCGACGGCCUCGUACUCCUGUCCUUACUGCCAGCAGCCGGGGCUGUCGGACAUGGCUCUGGUUCAGCACUGCGCCAGCACCCACAGCUGGGACCUCACUCCUGUGGUCUGUCCAAUCUGUGUGGCCACAUCUUGGGGUGACCCAAACUACUACAGCAGAAAUUUCAUUGGGCACUUGAUGGCACGCCACAGGUUCAGCUAUGGCAUCUAUAUGAAUGUGCACGAGGACGAAGACACCCAGCUUCACCUCGCCAUCCAGCACUCAAUACUGCAGAUGACCGAAAGGAUCAUUCAAUGACAGCAAUGACAAUGCAAUGCAAUGACAGCUCUCAGUGUAAAUAUCAGCAUGAAGCUCUCUUAUUCUUUCACUAUUCCGUUCAGCAUUAGUCUCGUACUGUAGCUACUUUGGAUCGACCAAUCUAAAAUCACUAAAUCACCAUUUGUCUAUUGCUUUAUUUUCUUUCCGUUUUUCUUCAGUUUAUAUGCAAUCAUGAACACUGCCAAAUACCAAAACAAAUAAAAUUAAAGAGGGAUUACAUUCUAACAGCCUCACCUGUUCUGUAAGUAUAAUUGUCUUCACAACAUGUGCAUUAAAGAAGGAUCCUAUUUUAACUAUCUUUCCUGUGAUGUAAGCAAAACUGACUUCACUCCGUGUGCAGUGAAAACCCCCUCAGGCAGUAAUGAUGAAAAUAAACCAUGUAUAUACCCUGUUCCAAA